AGGGAAAGCAGCAGGCGUCCACUUCGACCAUUCGCCAUUGUUUCUUAUCUGACCAUCCGCCGCGGACGAGGCAGAGAAAAUCAGAGAGGAAGAGACGAAGAGGAGGAGAGGGACACCGGCACCAGCGCAGCGCAGCACUGCCACCAUGUUGGGACAUCUUGUUGGGCUGUUGAGGGUGCGGGUGCUGAGGGGGGUGAACCUCGCCAUCCGCGACCUCCGCUCCAGCGACCCUUACAUCGUCAUCCGCAUGGGCAAGCAGAAGCUUAAGACGCGAGUGGUAAGAAAGAGUGUCAAUCCGGAGUGGAACGAUGAGUUGACCCUCUCUAUCGAAGAUCCUACGCUUCUUAUUAAACUGGACGUGUUUGACAAGGACACCUUCUUCGACGAUCCAAUGGGCAAUGCAGAGCUGGACAUCAGGCCGCUGGUUGAGGUUGUGAGGAUGAGGCUCCAGGGCGUCGAGGACAACACCGUGGUGAAGAAACUGGUGCCGAACAGGCAGAACUGCUUGGCAGAGGAGAGCGCGAUAUACAUGUCCGAGGGGGCGGUGAAGCAGGACGUGGUUUUGAGACUGAGGAACGUGGAGUGUGGGGAGAUCGAACUCCAGCUCCAGUGGAUCGACAUCCCCGGUGCUAAGGGCGUAUAAGGCUUCGAAACUCUAGACCCACUGUUGUUGGCAGAGUUCUGGAGUCAAGCUAGCUAAAUCAUUUUAGAAUCUCGGAGAGUAACUUAGGAAUUUAGAUGCGCUAUAUGACCGGGAAGUAAAAUUUUCUAUGACGAACUUAAAAAGGAAACUCAUGGCAGGGGCACACAAAGUCUCAGAACUCCCGACUUGAUCUUGAUGUGUUCUGCUUCUCUGCAACCGAGAGAGCAAAUGCUACAGUGUGCUGAUCACUUUUCCUUUGCAAACUAUGAUUGUUGAUGUCAA